UUAUGUUAAUUCAAAUGGUGAAAAUGAGAGUGGAUGCCGGUACAAGAGGUUCUAUCGUAAAACGGCAAUUACGGCCUAGUUGUAAGGAUUAGAUUCUCAUAGUUUGUAAAAAUUACGUAUGAAUUAUUGUUGACCAAAUAAUGAACCGAACUCUUGAAUUUCUGGUAUAUAUAUAUAUAUAUAUAUAUAUUGAGAACUCUUCAGUUGAUUUUUGUUAGAUGCUUGAAGCAAGAAAACAGUUUUGUGACCUUAUCAAAUCCUCAAAACCUGUUGAUGAAUUCAGGUUAUCCAACCAAGGAACCCAAAAAUGGAAACUACCUAAUUGGUCCAUACUCCAUACAAAUGCUCUUUACUUUACCUACCAUUUCUUUACCCAGUUAAGUUAAUUUCAUGGUGCGAUCUGACUCUUGGCGUACGUUUCCUUCCCCACUGGGCCGUUCGGUCCACCGCCCAAUCAUGAGUAAAAGUCUGCUCUUCUCGUGACGUGGUGCUUCGUUCAGCACCCAGCUCAACAGGCCCACCGAAGGGCCCACGUCCACCAGCUGGGCCCGCUGACGUGGAGCCUAUGCAAAUUGAUACCUUCGGACUUGAAACCAAAUUUAGGUAAAAACCAAAUUUUCAUAAAUCUCGUUCGCGUCCACCAGGGGCUAGCUAUCUAUAUAACCAGAUUUUCACAACCAAUUCAACUCCCCCUAAUUGCUGCCCAUACCUCCUUUCCUUUUGCGGAUUUGCGCUCUUUCUCGUCGUCGCCGGCGUGUGCGAACCUGAUCCUCCUCUUCCUAUCCGACUACGGGUUCCUCUCCGAUCUCCGCUGUCUAGAACUGUUCUUGCCUUUGGAUUACAGCGCGAGAAUUGUGUUGAUUCCUAGGGUUUCGCAGUUCUAUCUUGAAUUGGUUUUUGAUUAUCCUCUUGCCGAAGAUGUCUAAUUCGAGGAGUAGAGAAUGCGACGACGAGAUUUCGGACCGGGACGAAUUUGAAGAGUCAUCGUCCAUUUCCAGCGGCGUGGAGGCAUCUACAGCUGGAUCUGAUACGGUUUCGCCGGGGAGAAGCGAGAUUGGCCUGACCGAGCGGUUGACGGAGAUUCUCGUGGACGAAGGCGACGGGGAUUUGCUGCUUCAACGAAGUGAUCGGGAGGAUAGGGUCCUGCAGUGGCUACAAGCGCUAGAUAUGCAGGUCAUGGGCGCUUGUCGCGCUGAUGAGAGGUUGAAGCCGUUGUUGAAAUCGAAUGCUUCAAUUGGCGCUGCCGAGGAUCGCCUUCUGGCGCAUCUGAGUCAGCACUUUGACGCCUUUGAGGUCGGCAUGCUCGCGAGGUGCUUUUGCAUACCCCUUGUUUCGAUCAGGGUAGGGAAGAUCAACAAACAAGGGAACCUAUUCUACCCUACAUCUGCAAGAGGGAAUUUGAGUCUUGCAGUCUUGCCGACGUCUUAUCUCCGACUCUCAUUCAUUGGGGAUGAUGGUAGCACUGAAAGACUAGUUACCCUAAGUGGUAAAUCUAAUUCUGCAGCUGUCGUUGUUGAAGAAAUCCCAGCAGACAGUUCUGGCCGAUCUUUCCAAAUAAAAAUUGCUGGUGGGGCAGAUUUUUACUAUUGGUGCUCUGAAAAAUCAAAGCUGUUGGGAAUCGAAUUAAUUGCCAAGAUGAAGGAUAUCCUGAAGAGGAAGCCAUCAAUAGCAGAAUUAACUGGAAUUAGCAACUGGCGCCUCGAUUGCUUCGCAAAUCACAUUCGGUCGUAUCUCAUGGGCCUUAGCAGCAAAGAAUGUACGGUUGCUGGCCCGUUCUCUUUCACCUCGGAUGACUCUUCUUCAGCUUCUACAAGUUCCCAGUCAUUGACGCCCCAGCAGCGUUCCAGACACCUUGGCAGUGGCCAGCCACCAAAGUCCAGCAGUAGCCAUUAUCAAGGAAGCCUCAGCCCACGGUCAAGUUCCUUCAAGGAUGGUCCAAGCAAAAGCUACGUGUCCUCCUCUUUGAGACGGGAAAAGCUACGACGCCGUGGAGAUAGCAACUUGUCACCACUCGACAAUCAGGUAGUCAGAUUGCCAUCUUCCAUUGAUUCCUCAAAUUCAAGACCUGAAAAUGGCAAGUCCCCUGAAAACGAAACUCUUGCUGUGGGACUUUCGAGCUUUACCCCAUCACUUCAAAGCUCUACACUGCCACUACCUUCUCUAAGCUCACCCGCCCUCUCACCUUACUAUUGCUGGUGUCCUCUAAGUGGAUCCCAAUACCCUUCAGCAGAGUCUCGAGAAAUUCCCUUCUCAUCAAUACAGACACCUUUGCUUCCUCCACUUUCUUCCUUGUUGUCUGCCUCCUCCAGCUUGUUAGCACCACUCCCGCAUCUUGGCUUACCGGAUGCUCCAUCGCUUGAUUUCCCAGCCUUGUUCCCCAACCCAUUGGUUCGGCUUCCUAUUCCUACUUCUCAGCAGAUUCCUACCUUCACCCCAUUGAUAUGUGAUCCAAUUGUUCACAUCCCAGCCGUUGACAUUUGCUCGUCUGGUCCAGCAUACCUGGUGAGUGCCGGUCCCACAACAAUCACUGGUACCAUGGCACCAUUUGUAACUUCUUCCGAAUCGGAAGCAGCUUUGGAAACCGGCGCAAGGGAGACGCUUCGCUUGCUCAUCAGUGGUUCGACAGGCACUAAUCCUCAACUAAUGAAUGUGUUGCCUAAUCUCUACACCACCAGUGCUGACGAUGGUAAGAAGAACGGGAUACUUGUGGUUGGCAGCCGAGGACUCUACAGUAGGGACAGUGACAUUGAUUCAAUUGCUAGUAAUAUGGCCACAUUAGGCUUCCUUUCCUUGUCCCAGAGCACAAUGGGAGAUGGUAUUGCUAGUGAAUUGGAUGAUGCGUGCGAGAAUAUCGAAGUUUUGCAGAGAGAGUCUAAAGGUAUGGAUGAAUCAUCAUGUUCGUGAUAAUAUGAUGCUUAUGUUUCGUUUCAGACCCUCUUUUCUGUUGGGGUUUUGUAGUUGAGCUUUUGUUCCUGGAAAAUGAAAAGCUAUAUGCAUGUAUAUAGUAUAUGUUUGCAGCUGCCUUGGCGUAUCCCAAGUGUAAUUAGUUCCUCCAAGUAUUUGGUUUGCCAUUGUAUGGAGGGGUAGUGUGCGCCCUCGCCUCUUGUUUAUUGAUUGAAGUUUUUGUUGUUGGAAAUGGACGCCUCUGUAAGGUUUCUAUUACUCAUUUCAUACAUGCAUAAGUAAAGGAAAGAGAUGAUACGUAGUUUAGCUUCUGGCUCGAGGUUGAAUCUUCUUGACGAAGUAUCUUUCUGGAUGGGACUAGUGCUUGGAUCAGAUGAACCACGUCAUGAUGCUAAGAAUUUGAGAGGAAAAUUGUUUCAUUUAUUCUCUUAACUUACAACCUAUAUGUUGUUGUGCGACAUGAACAAAGUUGUCAACCCGCGGGUCGACCCACUUUGACCCUGAUCCGGCGAGAAAAACGGGCCAUAUGCACUCGCCGGGCCGACCGCUACAAGGUACCGGGUUGGAGGUCAAAUUGUGUCAUUUUUUUCUUUGGUUUGCGAAAUGCGUCUAUUUUCCGAUUUUUCUUUUCGCCUAACUCAAUCUUUGGAAUCCUGAACAUUUAAAUAUUUAUGUUAUAUAAGUGUGUGUGAAUUUUCACUAUAUUAUUGGAUCUAAGUACGAUAUGUUAUUUUUGUGUAAUAUUAUAUGUUAUAAGUCAUAUGCUAGAUAAGAUUUGAUAUAAUUUAUGAGGAUAAGUACAAUAUAAUGACUUUUUCUAUAUUUCCGGGCCAAGCCGGGCUAAAACGGUUGACCCAUUAACCCUUAACCCACUAGCUCGACCUGAUCCGGGUCAACCCGCGGGUUGACAACCUUGGACAUGAAUGAACGUAAGCACUUGGAGCUUUCUCCGCCAACUGGCUAAGUAGUGGGCGAUCCGAUCCAUCCAAUUUGAUCAGAAAAUUGUAUGGUCCAUGAAAUCGUACCGGACACCGUAUCGGAAAAGUCAGCGAUAGGGUAAUACCAUUAAAUAUCGCUUAUCGGUUUAGCCUCCAAUACUGGUAUUUUAUGGUUGAAUCGUUGGUACGAUACGAUUUCAUGGACCAUAGAAAAUUGGAGGAAUUUGUAGCCACAACUCUAUGUGGUUGCUAAUGCUAAUACUAAUGGUGGAGGUGGGGAGUUGUGCGUUUGUAAAUAUUUGGUUCACAGUACUGCAGUAGUAUAGCAGUCUCUUUUAUGGUGGAUGCUGAGAGUGGGGUUCCCAUUCCCAGGUUGGUCCCGUUGGACAGUUAUCAUCAGUAUCCUACUCCUGAUCUUGAAUGAAUGAUGGGCCCCCAUCCGAGACAGGCAGGCCCAGACUAUCUUAUCGGCCCAUGACUUUCUGUGAUCCUUCCUUUCCAUCUAUCAACUUCUGUAAAAUAAAAGAGAGAGAGAGAGAGAGAGUUUGUGCCCCCUCGUCUCGUGGCUGGGAACAGACGAGUCAGUCUCACAAAGCUGGACAACAUAUGUAUUUUAUGUUUAUCUAAACCCCCCACCCAAGAAAUCAAGAUUCCUCCUCGGCCACCGCCAGGCAUACAAUAAGAAAUGCAGAUACUUCUCAAUCUCAAUGAAUUCUGUAUUUUGCACUAACGGCUUAUGUGACGUCGGAAUGUAGUUUUUAGGAUUGUAACGAUAGCAAGGAAUUCUUGAGAUCGAUAUGUUUGUUUACAGAUCAUAUGUAUUAUGAUGUCCAAAUCUCUAUUCGGAUUUACUUGUGAGGAAUUCUUAGGAUUGUAAUGAUAGCAGGGAAUUCUUGAGAUCGAUAUGUUUGUUCAAAGACCAUAUGUACUACGAUGUUAAAAUCUCUGCACGGAUUUACUUGUGAGGAAUUCUUGAGAUGGAUAUGCAACUAAUCACAUAUAUGUAUUAUGAUGUUAAACAUGGGUAGCUCAAUUAGUAUGAUAUUGUUCGUUUUGACUUUUGAGCUAACUCUGAACAUAUUUAUUUUUUUGGUAUCCUUCUAUAAAAUGUUUCAUAUAAAUGAGGUUGGUGUACACAUACAAGGGUUUAUUCUCUAGCAUUUCAGAUGUGGUUCUUUUAUUAUCUCAUAACAAUCCUUCCAUUAAUACAAGACCACGAAUAUCGUGUCCUCCCUCAAUGAUUAUCUUGAUCCGCCAAACACCUUGCAUAUUUUAUCUUGACCCGUAGGUCAGAUGUAGAUCAACUUUGAUCUACUAGACAGAUGAGGAUCUCCUUGAUCCUCCAAACAUGCGUUGAUCUCUCCUAGAUCCACCAAAAGACGCAUAUCUCAAAUCCAAAGGUCAUUAAAUGAGCCCCCACCAAACUUAAGCCCACAACCCUAGAUCUAAACCAGACUCUGAUACCACUUGCUGAGAUCGGAUAGCUCAUUAGCACUAUAUUGUCCUCUUUGGGCUAAACCUAAACGAAUUUACUUUUGGGUAUCAUUUCCAAAACGCCGCGUACUAAUUGGGAUUAGUGGACACUCAUAUACAAUAGUCAUUUCCCUUGCAUUUCCAAUGUGGUACUUAUCUCAUAAUAAUCAUCCGCUCAAGAGAAGGACCACAAACUUCUUGUUUUCCCCUCAGUAUUUAUCUUGAUCCGCCUAACCAAAUGUAGAUCUCAAUUCCCUAGAUCACCGAAUGAAGGUCCACCAAACUAACAUUUACUAUCUAGAUCCGAAACACCAAACUCUUUUCUAAUACCACUUGUCGAGACCGUGUAGUACUUAAUUGGGGUCUCUAUAUAAAAUAAAAAAACUUCAUCAUAACAAUGGAAUCAUAAGCUUCCAUUGAGAUUAGCAUUAUACUUAGGUCGUUUGGAUGGAUCAAAUGUAAAACGAGACAAUUUGACCAAUUGUUUCAUUUUACAAAACGAGUCAUUUAAAAUGAGUCAAUUCAGAUUACCUGCCCCCACCCCAGACAAUUGUAAUUGGCUCAAAAUGAGUCAAUUCAGAAUUCUCCAGUCCAAAUUGCUUCAUCCAAAUUUUUUGUACCCAAACGGAUCAAUCUAGUACAAUUGACUCAAAACGAGACAAUUGUAUCAGAUUGAUCCAUUAGAAUUCCUCAUCCAAACCACCUUAGUUGUUAUAACACAUAAUAUAUUAGUCCCAUCCAGUAGACAUAUACCUUAUUUUUUUUACUCUCACAAGGGAAAAAAGUAUUUGAAUGGAAGAUGGCAAUUAUAACAGAAUGAAAAGUUAUCAUAAUGACAACUUUAAGCAUAAAGCUGCGGUAUAAUACUGGCAUUAGCCCACUAUCCAAUUAUUUUGUAGGGUAGUACUAUAUACGUUAUCUAUAAUUUUCUUUCCCUGCCUAAUUAAAGAACUUUAAUUCAUAACAUACCCAACGGAAUAGGUCAUGUGAAUUUAAUUAAAUCGAAAUUAAGAAUAUAGAAAAAUCAAAGAGUAUAAAUAAAUAUAGAAAAAUUGAAUAUUAAAUAAGAAAAAUUGAUAAUAUUUAGUGUAAAGUUAAAGUUUAUUAUGAAUUAUUAUAAUUUUAAUUAAUUUUAUCCUUUUUAAUGUUGAUUGGUUAUGACUUAUUGUAGUUAACGUCCAUAGAAAGUAGGCAUAACAAUUUCACCUCUUUUAUUCUCUCUAGAAGACAUUCAACAAAGAAUAGACUCAUAUGUUUUGGAAAAAAUGUCUAAUAAGAAAGCAAGUCUUCCCCUUAUGUGGUCUAUUCAUCCUUUUAGCAUUUGGACUUAAUAUUUUUAUUGUUCUAACCAUAUAAUUAAAGUCCAAUACAAUAUUUUUAUUAUAAUUUAAACAAAUAAUUAAAAUCCAACACAUAGUAAUUUGCCUUGUACAUAAUGGAGCUAACCUUUUUUUCAAUCGCUGGCUAGGCAUUAAAAAUGGCAAAUUUUCAAGGUGGAUCCAACAAGUUUUAAAUCACUGGUCCCCUCUUUCAAUCCAAUAAUUUUUACAUUCAAUCACACAUUGCAAUUUUGAUAAUUGUGAACCCACUAACCUAUCAUUCCUUGUAGAGGAAGAAACUCUUUGUGCAAAAAAUAAACAAAUUCGAAUCAUUAACUAGUGGCCAAGAGUUCACCUAAAAGAAAAUAAAAAUUGCCUGGGCCAAUGCCUCCAACUUCGUACAAAUACUAUCACCUUAAUCCCUUCCUCAACCACGUCUGAUCCUCCUCCCUAAUUUAGUUGUUAUUAAAAGUAAUCAAUCACAUUCCUUUGUAGUUAUUAUUUAUCGAUUGAUUUGGUCAACAAUAUGACUUUUGGAGAUAGGACAAAACUAAAUGCUAAUAUUUGGUUCAAUUUGUUCAUAGGUAAUGAAAUUCAAACAUUUUGCUUGUUUGUUUUGAAUGUAUAAUCAAUAAAAUCACUUAUAGAUUCCAAUUGAAGCAUCGAGAUCUCUUUUAGUUGUGUGUUAUAAAGAAAGUGAUCAUAUAUAAUCAAUUAUAUAUGUGACCCCUCUCCAAUCAUGAGAAAUUUUACAAUGCUAUAUAGUAUUGGUGCUAUAAGUUUUUGCCUUUCUGGUACAACUUAAAAUUGUACAUUUACGUUAUGGUACAACUUCAGAUUGUACCUAUAUUUUUUUUACAAAUUCUUUUAUGGUACAACUUGAACUUGUACCUUUAUGUAAUGGUACAAUUUCAAGUUGUAAAGUUGUACCAUAACAUAAUGGUACAAAUUGUUUUAUGGUACAACCUAAACUUAUACAUUUAAUGUUAUAGUACAAGUUUGAGUUGUACAUUAAAACACCAAUGCUAUAUAGCAUAGUAGAAGUGCUCCUCCAAUCAUAUUAACCCUUGAAAUUUAGCUUUCCCCCUAAUUUGGUGAUUAAAUUAGCAAAAUCCAACAAAAAAAUGACUUUUUCUUUAUCAACACCACCCAAAACUGGAAUUCAACACUUUCUAGAACUUGUCGUGCUUCAGCAAGCAAUCAGUAUAAAAUCCACAGUUUUCCCCGGCUCUUCCUCCUCUACCGAAGGAACAUUUAUUUUUAAUAUAAUAAUAUAAAAUUU